AUGAAUUUGUGUCUGUUUCAGGCCGGCGUUUAUGAAACUGGGUCAGGUUUAUGUGCUGCUUUUAUUGCCAACAUUGAUACCCAAUCUGAUACAACCGUGAAUUUUAAUGGCAAUUCUUUUCACUUGCCUUCGUGGUCUGUGAGCAUCUUACCUGACUGCAAGAAUGUAGUCUUUAACACCGCAAAGAUUAACUCUGAGACCACCAUUCCACGAUUCGUCACUCUGUCGUUGAAAGAUGGCAUUAAUUUUGAAGCAUUCCAUGCAGAUUGGAGUUGGUUUAAUGAACCAGUGGGUAUCUCAAGUACAAACGCAUUCAUGAAAGUUGGAUUGUUAGAACAAAUAAAUACUACAGCAGAUAAAAGUGACUAUCUGUGGUAUUCACUUAGCACUGAAGUUAAAGGUGAUGAGCCUUUUCUUCAAGAUGGAUUUCAAACAAUUCUCCAUGUGGAAUCACUUGGUCAUGCCCUUCACGCUUUUGUUAACGGGAAGCUUGCAGGGAGUAGAAAAGGCAGUGGCAACAACUUUACCAGUCUCAACAAUGCUUCGUUUUCCAUGGAGGUUCCUGUCACACUAAUACGUGGAAAGAACACAAUCGAUCUCCUAAGUUUGACAAUGGGACUUCAGUAUUUUGGAGUAUUCUUUGAAAAGUGGGGUGCUGGAAUCACUGGUCCAGUGCAACUGAAAGGCUUAAAAAACUGUUCUACUGUUGAUCUCUCGUCACGGCAAUGGAUGUACCAGAUUGGACUUAAAGGGGAAGAAUUGGGUCUGUCUCGUGGAAGUUCCUCACUUUGGGUAUCACAACCUAAUUUGCCAAAGAAGAGACCCCUGAUAUGGUACAAGGCAAAUUUUGAUGCCCCCACUGGCAAUGAUCCAAUUGCCCUAAACUUAACAGGCAUGGGGAAGGGUGAAGCCUGGGUAAAUGGGCAAAGCAUUGGGCGUUAUUGGCCAGCUUAUAUCUCACCGACUGGUGUAUGCACUGACACUUGCGAUUACAGAGGAUCUUAUAGUCCAGACAAAUGUCUCAAAAACUGUGGGAAACCAUCUCAGCUACUGUACCAUGUACCUCGUUCAUGGUUACAAAAAAAUGGAAACAUUCUCGUGUUGUUUGAGGAAAUAGGCGGGGAUCCAACACAGAUAUCUUUUGCCACCAGACAGAUAGGAAGUUUGUGCUCGCAAGUAUCAGAGUCUCACCAAAGCCUAUAGACGUGGACCUCAGACCAAACAGAGGAAGGGAAUCUGGAGCAACUCUUUUACUGGAGUGCCGUUUCCCAAAUCAGGUUAUUUCAUCAAUUAAGUUUUCCUACCUUUGUCUACCUCUGUAAGUGCCAGUAAAUAUACCACUAUAUUGACUCUUUUUUGGAAGGCGAGGUACUCAUGUAGGAGAAACUGUAAUUUAACGGGCAAAUGCAUAGCCCUUAUUUAAAUUAUCUAACUUGAAUGCUUGGUCAACAGUACAAUUUUCAACUUUAUCAAUUAUCAUCAGUAUUGAGA